AUGUGGCUGAUCUUCCUCACCAUAGUCCUCACUCUUCCAACCCUUUCCCUCUCCGUUCAAUGUCCCCUCAACAUCACCCUCCUCCGUUCAUCACCCUCUUUUGGGGACCCCGUCACGCGCUGCCUUUACGUGAUCCAAGCCCUCCGUAUUCUUCAAUCCGAUUACCUCCGACGCACUGGAUCCUUCUUCCCUCCACCCAACUCCACAUUCUCUUGCUGGAACACUCUUCAAUCCUUCAUCAACCAAUACGACAUUCGCUCCUCUUGUAACCUUCCUUCCUCUUCUAUUUCCCAAGCUUGCAUGAACAUCACUACCCGGUCACAGUUCCAAGCCUAUGUUCCUGCCUCAGAACUUCAAUCCGUGUCCGCUAAUUGUAACCAAUCUCUUGUUAAUGAUGCAUCCUGUGCUCUCUGCACCGCUACGUUGUCCAAGGUGGAGUCGUACAUCACUCCAUCAUCAGUCGAUGAUUGCAAAGCUAUUGCUUCUAUUUACGCCGGUUCUCUCUCCAAUUUGGAUAAUCCUGCAAUCGUUAAGUGCUUGUUCUUGAUGGAUCUGUAUGGAUCCAGUGGUAACAGUCACCGACUUGUUGUUAUUGUCGUUUUUUCUACGUUGGCCUUGUUGUUGCUGGUUCUUGGUUCGUUUUGGGCUUAUCUUAGAUUGGGGCCCAAGAACAAGAAGGAUGUUGGUAGAGGGGAGAUGGGUUUGGGUUCGGUGAACCAAAGUACCACUUUGAUUAGGUUCACUUUCGAUGCCAUUAAGAAGGCUACUAGGAAUUUCUCUAGUGACAAUAUAAUUGGGAGGGGGGGUUUUGGGAAUGUUUAUAAAGGUGUGUUAUAUGAUGGGACUCAAGUUGCUUUGAAGAGGUUUAAGAAUUGUUCGGUUUCUGGGGAUGAUAGUUUUGCUCAUGAAGUAGAGGUUAUUGCGAGUGUUAGGCAUGUGAACCUUGUAGCCUUGAGAGGUUAUUGUACUGCUACUACUAAUUUAGAGGGUCACCAGAGGAUUAUUGUCACUGAUUUGAUGCAAAAUGGGAGUCUUUAUGAUCAUUUGUUUGGUUCUGCUAGGAAGAAAUUGAGUUGGCCCAUACGUCAAAAGAUUGCUCUAGGCACUGCUAGGGGCUUGGCUUAUUUGCAUUAUGGGGCUCAACCUUCCAUCAUUCAUAGAGAUAUUAAAGCUAGUAACAUACUUCUUGACGACAUGUUUGAAGCCAAGGUAGCGGAUUUUGGAUUGGCAAAGUUUAAUCCUGAGGGAAUGACACAUAUGAGCACGAGGGUAGCUGGAACUAUGGGGUACGUUGCUCCUGAGUAUGCUUUGUAUGGACAGUUGACUGAGAGAAGUGACGUGUUCAGUUUUGGUGUUGUGCUUCUUGAGCUUUUGAGUGGGAAAAAGGCUCUUCAUGUGGACAACGAUGGCCAACCUUCGGCACUCACCGACUUGGCUUGGUCAUUGGUUAGAAAUGAUAGGGCUUUGGAUGUUAUUGAAGAUGGUAUGCAAGAACUUGGUCCGCCACAAGUUCUUGAGAAGUAUGUGUUGGUAGCUGUAAUUUGUUGUCAUCCACAGUUAUAUGCUAGGCCAACAAUGGAUCAGGUAGUUAAAAUACUGGAGACAGAUGAUGAAUCAGUAUCUUCAAUAGUGGAAAGGCCAAUCCCUUUUGAAUCUGAAAGUAAUAACUAG